GGAGGAGAAACCCAAGAAAUUCGUAUUCCACUGAACCAAGAAAUUCGUAUUCCUUUGAAAGCAACUGCCCUGCCACAAUCAUUUGAGCGAGAGAAAAAAACUCUCCCAAAACUGAUGGUCUCUCAAAGAUUACCCUAUCAGGUGCAAACCGCUGACAAGUUUCCACCCACCACCAACAAAAAACCUCACUGUGCCCAAAUCCUUAGCGGCAGAUACUUCAUUGACAGGCGUUACACCAUCAUCCGUGCUACAAGGACCCGUCGCAGCUCUGAAUAAGGUUUUAUACCAACACCGUUUGGAUACACGUCAACUUUCAACACAAGACGAGGCAUUAAUCGCGGCGUGUCUUUUUGACAGGUUUGGUCGGUAUAUAGAAUUGUUCUUUGAGUCUAUUUACCGCAAACUUCGCUGAUUUAAGAUCAUAUAUGCAAGGUGUACGUUUAGAUGUCCCCUGCAGCUACGGGCGGAAUUGAGGUUUCUCUGAUCUUUGGAGCAGCACCCUUGGGAGGACAGAGGUGCGCUCAGUGGAACAAGGGGCAAAUUGAACCUUUCCGCGCUGCGCAAGUCUCCGCCGCGUACACCCUACAGAGGACCGUGGAUCGAGGGGAUUUGGGGAGGUGGAAACUUAUUUGUAGACUACACUUAUUCCACUGGAUCGAUCUUUUUGAACAAGGAAGCACCUAAUGUUGCUUACAGAGGCGCAGUUGUACUUCAUCUAUUUAUCAUCACACUGGGAUUCCAAAGCUCCUCCGGGAUUCUUUGUAUAAGAAGACUGGCGGGGCUUUCUUCGGCGUUUCUCGGGGCUUCAAACUGUGGAAACAGGUGUAUUCGAGCAAGUCAAGAUGUCUUUGCUACCUUCAAGGUUCAUCUACGUGUGUUUACAUUUUCUGGUCCUCUACUUCCAGCUGCAGGAAUCCCAGCAGACCGCGCCUGACUUCCGGAUCAUCAUCGAGAACCACACCAAGAACCCGGACGAGCUGAGCCGCAAGCAGACGCGCAGCUACCAGCUCUACAGUCGCACCACUGGCAAGCACGUGCAGAUCUUGGGCAAGAAGAUCAACGCCAACGGAGACGACGGGAGCAAGUACGCCCUGCUUGUCGUUCAGACCGAGUCGUUCGGGAGCCGGAUUCGAAUACAGGGGAAGGAGAGUGGCUACUUCAUCUGCAUGAACAAGAAUGGGAAAAUUAUCGGAAAGCGCGAGGGGUCGAGCCAGGAGUGUGUCUUCGUGGAGGAGUUUCUGGAGAACAACUACACAGCGCUGGUCUCGGCCCAGUACAAAGGCUGGUACCUGGGCUUCAACCGCAAGGGCCGGCCCAAGAAGGGCUCUCGGACGGCACAGACGCAACAGGAAGUACAUUUCAUGAAACGCUCCCGCCAGGGCAAAGUGGACCCUCUAGAGGAGUUCCGUUUCACCACAGUAACCAAACGGACGCGAAGGGCAAGGCGCUUAAAACCCAACCCCAAGACGAACUGACACCAGUGAUAGUCAAGCAUGCACUGUUUCCAAGGAAAUCUGCUCUUGCCUUAAACGACUUAAAGACUAUUGUUAUAAAAAAAGAUGGAUAUGGGAAAAAAACAAUUAAAAAAAAAAAUCAAAGAUGUUUUAUUUUUAUAUUUCAGGAGCAUUGAAUAUCUCCCAACUGUUGAAUGUUUCUGGAUUGUUGUAAUUGUUAUAAUGUGACUGCGUUGUUAUUUAUACUGGGCAAACUAAGGAGGACAACACAAAUCUAAAAUCUCCCGCUUCGACAAGUUUACAGCAGAAGGCCUCUUUUUAGGCUUUGGGAUGGAGAAGAGUGUCAAGCAUGAAAACGUCACACAAAAUCAAAACAACCACAAAAAAACACCUGUUUGUUUAAUUUGUGUUUUUUCUGAGUCAACAAGGAUCCAACAUUUUCCACUGGAACUCGGACACUACAGAGGUGGAAUCGAAGACAGACUACAGUAGCUUGUGACCCACUCUCCUUAGGAAAAGGCACAGCUUUGAGUGCAAUAUUUUGAAGGCCCCCCCCCCCCUCACCCCAUCUCCACUUUCCAAUCCCAACCCCCCCCCCACCCCAAUGGACGGCCUGCUGGGCUUCCUGCACCUCUCUCUCUCCAUGGAUAUGUUCCUCUGGACAUGCAGACUCACGGCGCAUUCAGGAUAGAAUGUGCUGAACACUCUGGGGACUCAGAUUGAUCUGUGUCUUUGAUACGACCUCGGAUUCAUUUGAGAGCACUGACCGCAACAACACGUCCAGCCUGUGGUCAGUGGUGACUGUCAUCCUGCUCAGACACACAAAGGGGACGGCUGGAGUUGAAACGACUGAAGAACUUGUGUCCUUGUAGAUGUAACUUAACGACCUGGCAGGUCUGGACAUGGUGGUCAGACACAGUAAGAGCUUAGUCACUUACUUACCGGCACUCGCCAAGUUGUGUAUCCCCCUUCAUAACAUCAAAAAUGUAUGACAGUGCACUAUGCCACCAUUCUCUCUGCCCUCUCCUGCCAAAUUAUCAACAAUAUAACAUUUAACUUAAUCACUUCCCUUUCGGAUAAACACCUGACAACUACCUAUUUUAAGGUGGCAGUCUUCAUCUUUAUAAAUGUCUUUACUAAAGUAAGUGUCUGAAGUAAGUGAGACCUCUCAAGGCUGGUCGGGUCAUUCGUCUGGUCACCCUGUGCCCUUUAGAUCUGUGUCUCGGAAAGAUGGUUAAGACAUUCCCUAGCCCUCCAAGCCAGUAGGACUGACCCCCUAAUCUACUGAGUGUUCAUUCAGUGGUUUAAAAAGAACCAGAGCUGUUUAGACUCAAGACUUCCAUCACUUAGAGCGAGGGCCUUAUCCCCUCUGACAGGAAGAGCUGUAGUCUGUAUAUUUGUCACCUGUCCCUUGGACAGGAUUUGUACAAGAUACUACUAACAACAUGACACAUUUAUGAAUUUAAAAAUGUAUGCAAAAAAGUAAUUUUAUGACUAUUAUAAAAUAUUUAUUGCCUUUCUCUGU